AUGGUGAUUCUCACAGAUGUAGUUGAGCAACAGCAUGAAAAACCUCUCACAUUUAACACCAAGUGGAAAAGUGGCGCAGCUGAGAAUAUCCUAACAGCUGGGAAUAUUUCGGCAUCUGAAAACAGCAAUGUCACCUUGCAGUGUCACCUGUCCAUGACCAACAUCACUGUGUCACUGGUAACCUGGGACCAGUGCAACCAGGUCCAGCUUGCAGUUUACCUAAACAAAGACACAGGCCGUGUCCAGCCAGCUUUCAUGGACAAGAUAUCACUGGCAGCAGAGUAUGGGAUCAUUGUUCACUUACUGGGAGUCAAUGAUACAGGGGAUUACUGCUGUAAGUUUCACACCUUCCCUGAUGGGCUAUAUGAAGGCAGAGUGUCUCUGGAAAUGACAGCAUCACCAAAGGAGACUGCCCUUGGGAAUAUCCUUCCAUAUGUAAUCAUCUGGCUGAUAGUGGGAGUUUUCCUCAUAACAUGUUUCAUAGUCUGGAUCCUCAAGAGGAAGGAAAAACCAAAGAUCCACAUGCCUCCCCGAAUUAUGCACAAAGGCUUCUUGAAAAGCAGCCAGCAUGAUAACUACUCACAGGGCCCCAUCAGAGCCAGCGUGGCACAGGAGGUGGUGGCCUCCACCAGCAGCAUGCGUACUCAGGAGGAUUCGGAUGGCAGCCACGAAUAUUUCAACGUCCUUCAAUACAAAAGCCACAAGAACAGCAGCAUGAGUGCUGUGGUACAAAUACACUAA